CUCGAGUAGGAAGUUACCAGUAGCACUGCUGUGUACAGAUGAGAUGUUUUCUCUCCGGUCCAGUGAAAACGUGUUUUUGAAAAUGGUUUAAACGCUGCACGUCAGGUCUUGCAGCUCUAGCAUGUGAGAGAGAGGCCUGUACGGCCAACUUGGGAAGUUCACGUAAACUCUUACGGCCCUGUCAUGGAGGACAAAAGGUCUGUGAUUGGCACCCUGCGCCAAAAAGCCAAACUCUUUCGAUCUUCACGGGUCGGCAGUAUCAAGCACCCCAACAAGCCAGAGGUGAGGGAGGAGCGUCUGCUGGACCAGCGGAUGAGAACGUCUAAAGAAGAUGUCCCUCACAAGGGUCGGCUGUCCUCCCCCAUAAGCCACUCCCAUCAUCGGACAUCCUCCCCCUUGAGCCACUCCCACCAGCAGCCAGCUAACCUUCGGCCUUCCUCCGUCUGCAAACCACCCACCCCUCCCGACAUGAAUGUGCAGAGAAGAGGGGCCGUCACCGGGCUUGCUGAUUCGCUGAACAUGCUGGUGGACUCCAAGGUCUGGCCGUCGCAGGAGUCAGUCUCUGAUGGCGCACACGAGGAGCAGGACUUCUUUGAGGCUUCGGAAAACAUGGAGCAGAUGCUAAAUCUAGGAGACACGCAAGUUCCCUCACCAGAGAGUGUGACUGAGACUCCGGACAUGAGGCAAGAGCCGCCCGGAGCGGGCGAGAAUCCGAGAGAGCGUGAGAGAUCGUACCUGCUCACUAUAUGCCUGAAAGAGGGACGUGGGCUGGUCAUAAGAGACCGAUGCGGCACAAGCGAUCCGUAUGUGAAAUUCAAGCUGGAUGGGAAAACCUUUUACAAAAGUAAAGUGGUGUAUAAGAAUCUGAAUCCGGUCUGGAAUGAAUCCUUCUCUUUCCCAGUCCGCAAGCUAGACCAGAAACUCUUCAUCAAGGUUUACGACCGAGAUUUGACCACGGAUGAUUUCAUGGGCUCCUGUGCGUUUGUCCUCAGUGAACUUGAACUUGAAAAGACCAGUGAAAUGGUGUUGCCGUUGGACGACCCCAACAGCCUGGAGGACGAUAUGGGUGUGAUAGUCAUCGACAUCUGUUUAUCCGUGCGAGACAGCAAGAACAAAAAACAUAGGUUUGUCCAGAAGAAAAAAAGAAGUUUUACGGGAAGUACACCAGAACACCACAGACGUCUCACGGAGUCCAUGAAGAAAAGCCAGCUGUGGACCGGAGUCUUCACCAUCACUCUCGUGGAGGGUCGGGACUUUCCAUUGGACGGACAGGCCGAUGUGUUUGUACGCUUCAAACUGGGGGAUCAGAAAUAUAAAAGCAAGAGUCAAAUUAAGAAGGUGAACCCACAGUGGAGAGAGAGGUUCGACUUCAGCCAGUUUCCAGAUGGAUCAAACCUUCUGGAAAUUGAAGUCAUGGGAAAAGGGGGACGGAAAUAUGAGGAAUGUUAUGGACAGUGUGAGGUCCUCUUGUCUGGGUUGCCGUUGAAUGAGUCCAAACUGUUCACACCGGAGCUGGAUUCAUGUCGAGGGAAAGUCGUGUUUCUCGUGACGCCCACACCCUGCACUGGUGUUUCCAUCACAGACCUCGUCGCUCCACCGCUGGAGGAACCUCACGAGAGAGAAAACAUGCGCUUCAAAUACAGUUUAAGGAACUGCUUUAAGGACAAAAGAGAUGUUGGCUUCCUUCAGGUCAAAGUGAUCAAGGCCUGUGACAUCAUGGCUGCUGAUCUGAAUGGAAAGAGCGAUCCGUUUUGCGUCCUUGAAUUGGGAAACAACAGACUGCAGACUCACACUAUCUACAAAACCCUCAACCCGGAAUGGAAUAAAGUCUUCACUUUUCCAGUGAAGGACGUUCAUGAAGUUCUGGAAAUAACCGUGUUCGAUGAGGAUGGAGACAAAGCUCCUGAUUUCUUGGGGAAGGUGGCCAUUCCUUUACUCUCGGUACGUAAUGGCCAGCAGGUGGCUUGUCCUCUGAGAAAAGAGAAUUUGGGAGGACUAUCCAAAGGGACCAUAUUACUGGAGCUUGAAGUUAUCUAUAAUUCUGUCAAAGCAAGCAUCAGGACGUUCACGCCUAGAGAUCAAAAGUUCAUUGAGGACAAUGCCAAGUUUUCUAAGAAGGUUCUUGCCAGGAAUGUUAUUCGCGUGAGGAACCUCUAUCGAGCCGUGUGCCGCGUGAACCAGUUCAUCAAAAGUUGUUUUCAGUGGGAAAGUGUUCAGAGGAGUAUCGUAGCAUUUCUGGUGUUUAUUCUUACAGUGUGGUAUUGGGAGUUCUACAUGUUGCCGCUGUUCUUGGUUUUACUCAUCGCGUGGAACUAUCUUCAGAUCGCCUCUGAGAGAGUCAGCAGGGACCUGGACACCAUGGAGAUGUAUGAAGAGGAAGAUGAAGAUGAGAAGGAGUCCGAAAGGAAAGGGAUAAUGGAGAAAAUUUACAUGGUUCAGGAGAUUGUCAUCGCGGUCCAGAACCUUUUGGAGGAGAUUGCGUGCUUUGGGGAAAGAAUAAAGAAUACGUUCAACUGGUCAGUGCCAUUCUUGUCUAAUCUGGCCUUCCUGGUUCUCAUCAUUGCCACAAUCAUCACAUAUUUUAUUCCAGUUCGCUACAUUGUUUUAUUAUGGGGUAUACAUAAAUUCACAAAGAAACUGCGCAAUCCAUACGCCAUUGAUAACAAUGAGGUGGUGGAUUUUCUCUCCAGAGUGCCUUCAGAUGUCCAAAUGGCGCAGUACACAGAGCUCAGCAGCUGUAGCAUUCACACAACUUACAGGAGAAGAAAAGCCCACCAUAAAGACCCCUGAGAAUAUUUGUGUGAAGAACAUUUGAAGGCGCAUUGGCACACAAUAGAGACUUUACUUUAAAAAGCAGAUUGCAGGUGAUCUGUAUAUUUUAAUGCAAAUGUGUUUGAUUCUGUGUGGAUGAAAUGAAAUCCUUCUUGCUGGAGGUCUGUACAUCAUAAAAACAUGAUACCGGAUUUUAUUGAAUGAACCUGCACAUAGAUAACACAGAUACGCAUAAGACUUCUUACUGUACAGCUCUGGUCAGUUUGUCACAGUCAGAGGUGAAGCAACGUACAGUAACUCUCAUGAACUGAAUUGAUCUUGAAAGUUCUUCACUAGCUUCCGUCAUAGUCUGGAAAUUCUGCAGUCACUCGUGCAGUUAAAGUACAAUUUUAUACACAUUUGUAUGCAUUGUUUUGUCUCGUCUUGUCAGACGUGUACAAGAAUAAUACGUUAUUUUUUUGUGUGUG